AUGUCUCGCUACACCGCCGUCCACGCCGACACCAAAGGCCCAGGCGACGCUCGCCCAACAGCCCUCCAGAUCAUCAAAGACGAAGGUCUCGAGGAAAAGCGCCAGGGCCAAAUCUUCACCAUCACAGGCGUAUCUUCUGGUAUCGGCAUCGAAACUGUCCGCGCCAUUGCUGCCACAGGAGCAACUCUUUACCUCACAGCCCGAGACCUCGACAAGGCCAUGACUGCCCUAGAUGGCAUCUUUGACCCCUCCCGCAUGGAACUGUUCCAGAUGGAUCAGGGGUCUCUUGCAUCUGUGCGCGCUGCAGCUGCAGGUAUUCUGGAGAAGACCUCCAAGGUCCAUUGUCUCAUUGCCAAUGCUGGUAUCAUGGCUAUUCCCGACCUUCGCUUUACUGAGGAUGGUCAUGAGCUUCAGUUCGGCACCAAUCAUCUAUCUCAUUUCCUCUUCUUCCAGCUUCUCAAGCCUGCACUCCUUGCUGCUGCCUCGCCUGACCUACCUUCUCGCGUUGUGGUGCUCUCGUCUUCCGCCCAUAACAUCGGCGGCAUCAAUGACUCUGAUAACUACGCCUUUGAGCACGGAGGCUACGAACCUAAGGUCGCUUAUGCUCAGUCCAAAACGGCAAAUAUCUACAUGGCCAACGAGAUCGAGCGCCGCUACGGCGCACAGCACCUGCACGCGACUAGCGUCCACCCUGGUAUCAUCACCACAGGACUUACCAGACAUAUGCCCCCCGACGCCUUCAAGGGUAUGGAGCACAUCUAUCCUAUGAUGAAGAGCGUGGAGCAAGGUGCUGCCACUACAGUUUGGGCGGCUGUCGGUGAAGCUUGGAAGCAUGAUGGUGGCAAGUACCUCGUUGAUUGCGAUAUUGCUAAGGCGUCUGUUGCUGGGGACGAUAAGAUCGUUGGGCCUGGGUAUGCCCCACACGCGUAUGACGUUGAGCAGGCGGAGCGACUGUGGAAGGACUCGAACAAGUUGGUUGGAUUGGAGGAUGAGGAGUAG